AUGGCUGACCCAAUCCCAAUUAUCGACCCGGACACUUGGACUGCCACAAGCAGUCCUGAUGACCAAGAUAACACCAAAAAGUGGAUGAACACUGGCGCUUCAACACCACCUCCGGAGCCUAAGUAUACCUCUGCGACCAAGAGGAGAAGAGUGGAUGCAGAUGCAGCUACAAUACAAUUAGGAACGAACACCACUUGCAGUGACACGGAUCACCGCAGCACGGCAGUGCCGGCAGUACCCACUAAAAUCACUACUGAGUCUCCAGGAAUGAUUGAAGUGCCGCCAACCAACUCAAAGCCCAAAUUUUUCAUCACCAAAUUUGAAAAUCAGGUGACACAGUGUGAAGACGCACUGGGCAUCAUCAUGAGCAUGUCCGAGUCAGAUACUGCCUCCACGGUUUUGGCACAGAUGUACACCCACUUGGAGACGGUCCAAACCCUUAUACAAGCCGCCUGGGCUACUCAGAUUGUGUUUGUGCCAGACGAACAAACAUUGAGUCAGGGUUUUCAAUACAAUUUAAAAGCAUUGACAGUUGGCAUGGACAGUUUCAUUAAUCGUGAAGACAAGACCAUCACACAUGUAGAAGAGCUGAAUAGUGUCCUUACAAACUUUGAAGGGCACAAUGCCUGGUUUCAAGAAAUCAAGGAUGCUGUCACCGCACAGACACAAGGGCCCCACCAACAGUGUUACGGGGUAACAACGAAUCGAGAGAACUCCAUCAAAUUUGACGGAUUAGGAAAGAGAACGGCGGGAGUUGGAGGCAGUGCUGCAGUAGAUAGGGACGGGUUUUCCCUUUUUGAGAUUUCCCUACUGGGUUUGCUCAAAAGCGGUUUUUCACCUGCCUGUCAUAAAUCUCGAAUCUCGGUCGCAGCACAAGCAGUUUAUAAAGGGUCUCAGCUCAUACUAUGA